AUAACCUCUGCUGGAGUGCAAUGGCAUGAUCUUGGCUCACCGCAACCUCUGCCUUCCAUGUUCAAGCAAUUCUCUUGCCUCAGCCUCCCCAGUAGCUGGGAUUACAGGCAUGCGCCACCACGCCUGGCUAAUUUUGUAUUUUUAGUAGAGACGGGGUUUCUCCAUGUUGGUCAGGCUGGUCUGGAACUCCUGACCUCAGGUGAUCUGCCCUUCUCAGCCUCCCAAAGUGCUGGGAUUACAGGGGUGAGCCACCACUCCCAGCCCAACUUCCCUGUUUUAAAAGUAGUUCUGGGCAAGAGGAAGCAUGAACAGCUGGUCCCAUAG